AGGGAGACACAACAAUCCCCUCUCCAUGUCACUGUGCAAACACUUCUCCCUUCUCCCGCUAACACGCUGAAGCAGCUAUGUUAGUUCACAUUUGGAGUUUAAAUUUGAGCAUUUUGGAGAGUUUCAGUGUAAACCAAAGCUAUAAUGAUAGCACUGAGGAUCCUCUUUUCCCACAUCGUCUGAGUAGGACCGGCCACACCGUAGUAGCAAUUUUCCUCGGAAUUAUCCUGUUUUUCGGAUUCUUUAACAAUCUUCUCGUUCUGUUGGUAUUCGCAAAGUUUCGUUGUCUCUGGACACCCAUCAACCUCAUCCUGCUGAACAUCAGCGUCAGUGACAUACUUGUGUGCAUUUUUGGCACGCCAUUCAGUUUUGCUGCGAAUGUCUACGGGAGGUGGCUCAUCGGGGACCUAGGUUGCCAGUGGUAUGGUUUCGCCAAUUCGCUUUUCGGCAUCGUGUCCCUGGUGUCCAUGUCCAUCUUGUCUUACGAGCGCUACACGACAUUGCUGUGCCCCACCAAGGCUGACCUGUCGGACUUCCGUAAAGCCUGGCUGUGGGUGGCUGGCUCCUGGCUGUACUCACUGAUGUGGACGCUGCCUCCCCUCCUCGGCUGGAGCCACUACGGGCCGGAGGGGCCGGGCACCUCCUGCUCCGUGGAGUGGCGUCGGCGCUCGGUGGGCGGCAUGUCGUACGUGGUGUGCCUCUUCGUCUUCUGCCUGGCGCUGCCCCUGCUGCUCAUGCUGCUGUGCUACAUCAGGAUCCUUCAGUUCAUCAGGGAGAUGAGUCGGGUGAAGUACAAAGCGGCUCAACGGCGGCAAAACCACAUUCUGCGGAUGGUCAUCAUCAUGGUGUCCUGCUAUCUGCUGUGCUGGAUGCCCUACGGCCUCAUGGCCCUGGUGGCCACCUUCGGAGAGACGGGUCUGGUCACGUCUGUGAUGAGCGUGGUGCCUGCUGUCCUGGCCAAGAGCAGCACCGUCUUAAACCCCAUCAUCUAUGUGCUCUUCAAUGACCAGGUUGGCCCGCCUUUCCAUUCAGCCAUUCAGAUCAGUCCUUGCUAGAGUUAUUAUCAGUGCUGCCUUUGGACAGGAUGCAUGCUCUUCAUAAGUACUCUAAUAGUAUUAUAGUAGUGCUCUAGUACAGUUUAUAAAAGGAAUACUAGUGUAUAACAUAUAUAACAUAAUACAAAUAAUGUCUAAUAUAGUAACAAUGGUGCUCUAAUAAUAUCAUAGUACUCUAAUAGCCUGUGUUUAUUACGCAGUUUUUUCAUAGUUGUAUUUUUUGAAAGCACUUCCAUGUUCACAAAUUAUUUCUGAAAUCCCUUGGUUUGGACAUAAGAGCUUGUCCAGCAUCUCAUUCAGAAGAAGCAUAUCAUUAGCAUAUCAUUAGCAACCCUGAAAUGUAUUUAAUCAGGAAAAAAAACUAUUAAAGGAUGACCUGUUGGGGGAGCACUGUGGCGCAAGCAGUAACCCCGACCACAUUUGGGCUUGACGCCCAUGGAGGACACGGGCUCGAAUCCGGCCCGAAGUCAUUUCUCCUGUCCACUCCCCACCUCUUCUCCCUCUCAUUUCCGGUCCCACUCUUCACUGCACUAUUGAUUUAAGGCAACAAAAAAAAAGCCCCAAAAAAAAAAAAUCUUAAAAAAAAAGAUGACCUGUUGAGAAGCUGGGUGGAUGACUAAAGGUGCCUAUCAACCUCCCACUCUCUACAUGAUGAAUAUACAUGAUGCAUGUGGUGGGUGAUGGCCUUACUUCUUUGACUGCUCUACAUGUCAGCCCCCCUGUACACAUCUCCAUCACUAUGGACACGCUCCAGAAAUAGCCAGUGUUAAUCAAGGCCCGGCAAGCUGGAUGGAGCCCAGGGCUUUGUGAAUGAGACUAGCGCUGCAUGGUGUCUUGUCUGAUGGAGCUGCCAUUCAUUACCAUUGUGCUGUGACACGGCAGCAUAACCUGCCGUUGCAAAUGAGGCAUCCCUGCAUAGAAGGAUGAUCAGAAGACACUAAGAUGAAUAGAAAUGGUGAUGGUGCUGAGAAUUGAUAGUAGACGUCUACUGUCAGGCAGCUGGGUUCAUUUGAGGCGAGCGUAAUAAAUGUGUUAUGAAAAUUCCUGCUGCCUGAUCUAAAUUAUGUGUUUAGUUUGAGGGCCAUGGACUUUUUAGUUUAUUUUAUUUUCCCAUUAGAUUUGAAACCCAAGUUCAGAGAUUAAACUCUGGCUUAGAGCAAAUACAGUGCAGUGUAUACUGGAAGAACACAGUCACUAUGUUGCCUUGAGUGAUUCUUGAAGAACGUCUUUGACAAAUGCAAAUGUGUUCAUCUUUAAAAUGCUCAGAGAAAAUAGAACAUCUCCCAAAUGAAUCUUUGGCUCACAUUGGACUAUUAGUUAUUUGUAACUGUGGCAUGUUUACAUUUUGUAUUUUAUACUGAUGUUCAUUAAUAUGUUCUGUCCCUAUCAAAUAAACAAAUAAUAAAUAAUUAACUAAUUAAUGAAAACCGUUCAGAGCUAAGAAGGAUCCUUCA